AUGGGUAAAAAAGUUAGAGAAUAUAAAUCCGGCGACUUCAUUUUCGCAAAAGUUAAGGGAUAUCCGGCAUGGCCUGCUCGAGUGCAGAGGUUGAAUGGGAAAAAAUAUUUUGUGUAUUUCUAUGGCACUGGAGAAACGGCAAAUCUCCCACCUAAUAUGAUUUUUGACUAUGCAGAAAAUAAAGACAAGUUUCUUACAAAAACUGUGAAAAGGAGAGAUUUUAAUGAUGGUGUUAAGCAGAUUGAACAUGAUUUUGCAAACAAUGUACCACUGGAACAAGUUGUUGGAAUUUCUUCCACAUUACCAGAAGACACAGCAGCCAAUGACACGUUAAGUGAUUCUGCAGCAAAUGAUACAAUAGAUGACUCUGCCAUAGGAGAGGCUGACACAACAGACCUCAACGAUACUACCACUGAGGAUACCACUACACAGAAUGAGACUGGAGUGGAUGAUUCUGAUGAUACCGGUGGGCUGGUUAUUGACGUGGGCAAGAAGGGUCGCAAGUCCACGCCAAAAGCACCAUCAACUCCUGCCAAAACUACAAAGGAACCUAAGACACCACGUGGAAAGGCGAAGAAGGAAGAACCCAAAGAAGAGGAGGAAGAGAAGAAAGAUGAAGAGAUAAUCAGUAGGAGCGGUAGAAAAAUACGACCGAAGAGGUACUUAGAUGAACAGACAGAAGAUAAUGCAACAUUACCAUCACCGGCACCAAAGAAACGCCGCGGUGCAUCCCCGACAGCAUCCACUGACAAAGAGAAGGAGAAAGAAAAGGAAAAGUCCGAGGCUGGAGCAGUCAAGGAUAAAACUGAAAAGUAUAAACAUUUCAAUGGUGUUACACAGAUGGAACUUGAAGAUUUAAAAGAACCAUUCACCCAAGAAGAUCCAGACAAGGAAAAUAUUCUAAUCGCCUACCUCCCUGAUGGACAAUAUGUUGGAAUAAGGCUGUUCCAAUCUCGGCCUACAAAUUUCAAGAACGAAGCUGCCAGGUUGCAAUGGGACAAGCAAGCCGCUUCUAAUGCAAUUACAUUGAAAAUGCAGUUAGAGAGAGGUCAAAUAACAGCUCAGUCUGUCAUAGCACAACUGGUGAUGGACCUUCAUUUAACCGAUGAAGAAAAAGCUACACUGGAUAAAGAAAGAGAAACAGAUGAAAAGAAAUCACGCGUACAGUUCUUAAAAACUGAAAUGAAACUUAUUGAACUGGAGGCUAAAAUAAAAACAUGUCUUUGUUUGGAAAAGGCAGACACUGAACUAUGUUUGAAGUUACUGGAUGAGCUGAUGGAACUUGACGUUAAACCAUUAAUGCUACUGAAACAUCCAACUUGCUUGGAAACUGUGAAGAGAAUGCGUGCAUAUGUUGGUAACACACCGUCUUGGGAUCUAAGUGAGAGCGCCGCGUUGUUGUUUAGCAAACAAGCUCAUCGAAUAAGGAAACAAGCAGAUACACUUUAUAAAAAUAUGAAGGAAUUAUUUACAACACCAGAAGGUCUUUCUUUUUGGGAGUACUUCUCAGAAAGAGUUUUACAAUUUAAAAAAGUUACCUCGAAGCUCACUCCAGAUGAAUUACUUGAAAUGGUGCAUGAACCCUUAGAAAUGUCCGUACCUACAUCACAUACAAUGAAGGCAUCCAUUGAAGCCGCUAAUGAGGAGGAACCUGCUCUUCUGGAAGACGAGAAUAAUUCCAAGAAGAAAACUACUCCAGUUAAAGCGAAAAAACAAAAUGGCACACCAUCAAAACCUCCGCUGAAACGACAGUCGUCUAGAAAACAACAACAGGAAGAAAAAGAAACAAACAAAAACACUAAUGAAGCUGAGGAAGAUGCAACAAAGGAAAAGAAGGACGACGAAAAGAUUAAUGAUGCAAACAAAAAUGAAAUUACAAAUGCAGAAGAAUCAAAAGAGGAAACCGAAAGGAUGAAACAGACAAAGGAAUCUAUAAACGAUAAAGAUACAGACAAUAUAGAAGAACCAAAAGAAAAAAGUUCUAGUCCAAAUUCAGAAGAAAAUGCAAAAAGUCCGAAAGAGAAUGCAGAACAAAAGACUGAAGAGAAAACGGAAGAAGUGAAAGAGAAGGAAAUAGUAAAGGAGAAGGAAAAAGAAAAUGAAAAGGAGAAAGAAAAUGAAAAGGAGAAAGAGAAGGAAAAAGAGAAAGAAAAAGAGAAACAAGAAGUUGACGAGCCCAGAGCAAAGCGAUCAAGAGAUAGUAAGAAGACUGAACCACCACCUCCAAGAUCUCCAACUAAAAGGAAAUCUAAAUGUUAA